AAAACUGCUCUGUUGGAUCUUCUUUCCUGUUAUGGAAACUACAUUCAAUAGAAUGAUACAAGUCUCCAGAAGUUUAUUCCAUAUAUAGCCGACCAUAGUAUCUAACUGUGUUUACUACAAUAUUAAUUUUCGUUUUGUUUUGCUUUACUAUGCGUAUAGUCAGUUUUAUUUAGAUUCGAUCCACUGACAAUGUACAAUAUUCUCAUUUGACGUGCUACUAACCACAGGCUAGCCACCCUCUUUUCUAAGUUACUAUUCAAUCAAGAUUGGUUAAAGAGAGCAUUUUGAUAAGAUUGUUCAGCAGUUGAUUGUUAAAUAACUUGAUUUUGUAAAUAUUUGUUGCAACAACCAGACACGGUCAAAGGCGGAGCUAGGAUUUGAAGUUUAUGGGUUCGGGAUUCUGAAUUAGUAAUUUGUGCAAAUUUAGUGGAUUUCUGAAGACAAAUAUAGGAUUUGGACGAAAACUACGGGGUUCGGCCAAACCCAUAACCUAAACUCUAGCUCUGUCCUUGGACAUUGUAUGUUCGUUAGCAUAGCUAAUUCUCAAAUAUUUCACCUCCACGAAGUUUGAUAUGUAUUGGACUCAUAAAUUCAUUGUCUGCUCAACAUAGUCAUAAAUUAAGGCUUGGUUUUGAUGGCAGAGUUUACAAUGGUAGGAGAAAAGGUAGCACUUCUCUUUGGAGCAUUUCUUUGUUCGAGUUAUGCUUAUGAGGUCUCAGUAUCCUGUAUGAUGGCUUACGAUGAAGGCGAUGCGUCAGCAGUUUUCAACUCGCCUGAAUGUCCUCGGUGGGAUUUUUCUUCUGCUAUUAACAAUGUAACAGAUGACUGCCUGGUAGCGACACAUCAGGGGCGUAGGAAAUACCAAGAAGAUCGUAUUAGAUGCUAUCUGCAUGUUACUGUUCCCGUUUUAGGUGAAGAUGGGCCUAAUGAAGCUGGUGUGGGUAUAGCAGCAGUGUUUGAUGGACAUGGAGGCAAGGAAGCAAGUGAGAUGGCUUCUCAAAAGUUUUUAGAUUACUUUUUAUUGCACGUUGUUUUCAACACAUACAAAAAUCUCUUUUCACACAGUAACGAGCAUGAAGAAGCAGGUCAACAUAGCUUGAAAUUCAAAGUUGAUGAUGAAUCGACACAUGGAAUUCUAGCGAAAGCCCUCUUGAGAACAAUCCAAGAUAUAGAUUCAGAGUUUUCCCAGGAAGCUUUGAAGAAUGACUACAUUUCUGGAUCAACUGCAAUAGUCGUUCUUUGGAUGAAUGGGCAGAUAUUAGUUGGUAACUUGGGUGAUUCAAAAGCACUCUUAUGCUCGAGGAAAACUCAUUUUGAUCAGGACAGUGAAGGUGAAUUGUUGACAAGACUUCAAGCUGAGGAACUAACAAGGGAUCACUAUCCCGAUAGGGAUGAUGAAAAGGCUAGAAUUGAAGCAGCUGGUGGGGUUGUCCUUCUUGUUGGCGUGCCUCGUGUCAAUGGUAUAUUAGCCGUCUCACGAUCUAUUGGAGAUAUUCGUCUGAAAAGGUAUGGAAUUGUUGCUGAACCAGAGGUCACGGGUUGGAGACGUUUGUCAACUGAAGACCGGUAUGUGGUGAUAGGAUCUGAUGGCAUAUAUGAGAGAACGAGUCCCCAGGAUGUCUGUAAUAUUUUGCACGAGACAUCCAUCGACUCAUCCUCCUGUUCAUCAUCAUCCUCUUUAGCAGACUGCAUUGUCCACAAUGCAUUUUGUAAAGGUAGCAGUGAUAACUUGUCUGUUAUUGUGAUUCCAUUGAGACAGAUAUCCCCUUCCCUGGAACACAAAGAACAGAUAUAAACUGUUCUUCAUUCAAGUAUUCCUUGCAAGUUGCAAAGAUGGUUUGAGUAAUGAUUUAUUACUUACUUCAAGGGGAUGCGAGGGUGCUAACUACGCAAAUGUAUAUGCGUGAAAAACAGGCAACAAUCUCUUAAAUGAUGAAAAAUUGUGUUAUUAUAUUAACUGAAUACGUAAAUUCAAAAUGGUUGGCAUAUUUCUCGA